UGUUCACAUUUUUCUAGAGACUGUUCAUCAACUACUUUUCUAUGUAACCACACACAGUAGUUUAAUAUGUAUGCUUGGUCUGACUCUUUUGAUGUGAUUUUUUAGUCGGUUUUAAAUGAUUACAAACAGAUAACAUACGGACAAAAGGCAUGAAACCCCAUCGCAAUCCCAACUGCAUUUUCUGCAGGAAAUACGUUUUCUAUUUAAAGUUCCUUAAAGCGUAGUGCGCCUCUUACAAUUUUUGCCAGGUAGUCUAAAACCUGUGAGAAGAAUUGCGAGUUGACGCGUCAACAACAAAUCCCAAGAACUACAGCUACCAUGUUGCAUUUGUUGCAGCCGGAUGUUCGUGUUGCACAAAUCUGGCGCUGAUCUAUCCGGGUACUCCAUUCACUGCUUCCUUUCGCGCCGGGUAACCGGAGAGCUGUGCGUCCAUGUGCGCAGUGAGUGGGAAUUGAGAGUCCUCUGAAAUAUUCAAAUCCGAGCCCAAACAGAGUCUUUGCAAUGGAUCCAGAGUCUUUGGUCGAGGCCCUUCGGGGGACAAUGGACCCCAACCUGCGGGAGGCUGCAGAGAGACAACUGAACGAGUGUCACGCCCACGUAAACUUUGUGUCCACUUUGCUGCGCGUAACCAUGUCUGAUCAGCUGGAUUUGCCUGUCAGGCAAGCAGGUGUAAUUUACCUUAAAAACAUGAUAACCCAGCACUGGAGUGGCGGAGAUGGUUCAGGCACUGAGACGCCUGUCAACAACAUCCCAGACGAGGACAGACAGUUCAUCAGAGAUAACAUAGUGGAGGCUAUCAUCCACUCCCCAGAGCGCAUCAGGGUCCAGUUGACAACAUGUAUCCACCACAUGAUCAAAUCCGACUACCCUGGCAAGUGGACAGCCAUCGUAGACAAGAUUGGUUUCUAUCUGCAGUCAGACAACAGUGCUGGAUGGCUUGGCAUUUUGCUCUGUCUUUACCAGCUUGUCAAAAACUAUGAAUACAAAAAACCAGAAGGGCGUCAACCGCUGGUAGCCGCCAUGGAACUUUUCAUGCCCAUGCUUAAGGGUCGUUUUAUCCAGCUCCUCCCUGACCACUCUAGUGACUCUGUUCUGAUACAGAAGCAGAUCUUCAAAAUCCUCUAUGCUCUCUUCCAGUACAACCUCCCCCUGGAACUCAUCAACAGGCAGAACCUGACAGAAUGGAUGGGCAUCCUGAAGACAGUAGUGGACAGAGACGUUCCUCCAGAGACGAUGCAGAUAGAUGAAGAUGAGAGACCUGAGUUGCCGUGGUGGAAGUGUAAGAAGUGGGCCCUUCACAUUUUGGCUCGUCUGUUUGAGAGGUAUGGAAGCCCAGGUAAUACAACCAAAGAGUACACAGAGUUUGCAGACCUUUUCCUCAAGGAGUAUGCAGUUCCAGCGCAACAGGUGCUGCUGAAAGUUUUAUACCAGUACAAGGAAAAGCAAUAUGUGGCUCCCAGAGUUCUCCAGCAGACACUCAACUACAUCAACCAGGGCAUAGCACAUGCCCUAACAUGGAAAAACCUCAAGCCACACAUCCAGGGCAUCAUUCAGGAUGUGGUUUUCCCUCUCAUGUGCUACACAGACAGUGAUGAGGAACUGUGGCAGGAAGACCCAUACGAGUACAUCCGUAUGAAGUUUGAUGUAUUUGAGGACUUUAUCUCUCCAACGACGGCAGCCCAGACGCUGCUCUUCACUGCCUGCAACAAAAGGAAAGAGGUGUUGCAGAAAACAAUGGGCUUUUGCUACCAGAUUCUCACUGAUCCGGCCACUGACCCCAGGAAGAAAGACGGUGCCCUUCACAUGAUUGGCUCCUUGGCUGAAAUCCUGCUCAAGAAAAAGAUUUACAAGGACCAGAUGGAGUUCAUGCUGCAGAAUCACGUCUUCCCUUUGUUCCGCAGUGAACUGGGCUACAUGAGAGCCAGAGCUUGCUGGGUUCUCCACUACUUCAGCGAAGUGAAGUUCAAAAGUGAUCAGAACUUGCAGGUGGCUCUGGAGUUGACUCGCCUCUGUCUCAUCAAUGACAAUGAAAUGCCAGUCAAGGUGGAGGCUGCCAUUGCGCUGCAGGUUCUCAUUAGCAACCAGGAGAAAGCCAAAGAGUACAUCACUCCCUUCAUCCGGCCUGUGAUGCAGGCCCUCCUGCACAUUGUCAGGGAAACGGAGAAUGAUGAUCUCACUAAUGUCAUCCAGAAGAUGAUCUGUGAAUACAGUGAGGAGGUCACCCCAAUUGCAGUGGAAAUGACACAGCACUUGGCAAUGACGUUCAACCAGGUGAUUCAGACGGGUCCUGACGAGGAAGGAGGUGAUGACAAGGCUGUGACUGCCAUGGGCAUCCUCAACACCAUCGACACACUUCUCAGUGUGGUGGAGGACCACAAAGAGAUAACCCAGCAACUGGAGGGCAUCUGUCUGCAGGUGAUUGGCACAGUGCUGCAGCAACAUGUCCUGGAAUUUUAUGAGGAGAUCCUGUCUUUGGCACACAGCCUGACCUGCCAGCAGGUGUCGCCACAGAUGUGGCAACUCCUUCCUUUAGUGUAUGAAGGCUUUCAGCCGGAUGGGUUUGACUACUUCACAGACAUGAUGCCACUCCUUCACAACUACGUCACAGUGGAUACAGACACACUCCUGUCUGAUACUAAAUACCUGGAAAUUAUCUAUAGCAUGUGCAAAAAGGUCUUAACAGGUGAUCCAGGCGAGGACCCAGAAUGCCAUGCAGCAAAGUUGCUGGAGGUGAUCAUUCUGCAGUGUAAAGGCCGUGGCAUUGAUCAGGUUGUUCCUCUGUUUGUUGCUGCUGCAUUGGAGCGCUUGACACGGGAGGUGAAGACGAGUGAGCUGAGGACUAUGUGUCUGCAGGUGGCCAUCGCUGCACUUUACUACAGUCCUCCUCUUCUCCUCAACACCCUGGAGAAUCUCCGCUUCCCCAACAACACAGAGCCAAUCACAAACCACUUCAUCACUCAGUGGCUCAAAGAUGUCGACUGUUUCCUGGGCCUGCAUGACCGGAAGAUGUGCAUUCUGGGUCUUUGUGCCCUCAUUGAUCUGGAACACAGACCUCAGGUUGUGAACCAAGCUGCAAGUCAGCUUCUUCCAGCAGCCAUCUUACUCUUCAGUGGCCUCAAGAGGGCGUACGCCUGUCGAGCCGAGCACGAGAAUGAUGAUGAUGACGAUGAUGAAGAUGGAGAGGACGAGGAUGAUCAUGCUGAGCUGGGCAGCGAUGAAGACGACAUCGACGAGGAAGGUCAGGAGUAUCUGGAGAUGCUGGCGAAGCAGGCAGGAGAGGACGGAGACGAUGAGGACUGGGAGGAGGACGAUGCAGAAGAGACGGCACUUGAAGGCUACACUACAGCUGUAGACGAUGAAGACAACUUGGUGGACGAGUAUCAGAUCUUUAAAGCCAUACUGCAGAACAUCCAAACCCGGGAGCCAGCAUGGUACCAGGCACUAAUACAAGCCCUUGAUGAGGAGCAGGGCAAACAGCUUCAGGACAUCGGCACACUUGCAGAUCAGAGACGGGCAGCACAUGAAUCCAAGAUGAUCGAGAAACACGGCGGCUACAAAUUCACUGUACCAGUGGUGCCAUCUAGUUUCAACUUCGGAGGCAGUGCUCCAGGAAUGAAUUGAGUCGCCUGUUGUACUUUUUUAUUACUCUGUGACUGAUUGUAGUGAAGUGAAAAAAAAGCUUGUGUUGUUCCCUUAAGUAGUGGUUCCAGAACUGGUUCUUCUCAGUCAUUCUUCAAUCUGUCAAAUGGGAAUUAGCACCAGAAGAUGUGGGAAAGCAACCAAAUGCAACCAAUGGCUGGGGAAAACAAACCAAGAACUUGAGCACGAUGUGCAAGAGGAGAAGCUCUGAACAACGUUGUCUUCUGGAGCCCAGUGAGGAGAGGAGACCAUGACGGCAACUCUGUUUUAUUUUUUUUUUCCACCUUAACAAAAUUAGGGAGAGUAACAGUUAUCAAUUGAUAAUGGGACUAAAUAUUUCAUUAUCACUUUUGUGGCCUAAUGGCUCUAAUAGGAAUUUACCUCUGGUCAUGGUUGAUAUCUGUUAUUUUCUGCAUAAACGCUCACGUUUAUGUACAUACAAGCCAAGGUUAUUUUGUUUUUCUUUUUUUUUUUUCAGGUAGCCUUGAAAAACAACCAGAGGCAUUUAUAAGGUGUCGACAGCUGUAUUCAUAUGUAGCAUAUUGGAUACUUCAUAGCACUAUGUGAUGCCUGAUCUCUGUAAAUUAAUGACUAGCACUUUCAUAUUGUUCAGGUUCUCCUAGCCUUCUGUAUCAGACUGCAAAUUUUUUUAAAAAUUGAGGACUAUUUAAAGGUGUAAAACAGCUGUAACUUUGUUAUUUAGAGAGCAACUUCUUAACGGCUGGUUGUCACGCAUCUGGUUACAGAGUGUAUCGUUGGGCAACGCGGAAACAUUAAUUUUUCAGGAAAUAAAAAAAAAAAGGAACGCUCUCGGUGUUGAUUAUGGCUGCAGGACGCGUUUGUGAGCACUGCAAGUACAAUUGGAUACAUCACUGAAGAAUGUACAGUUGGACUAAUCGUGAAGGUCUCAAGCUUUUGGUUGGUGUAUGGAUGAACUAUCUAUAUAUACAACAACAUAUUAAAAAAGCUAAGGGAAUUCA